AUGUUCGCCGCUGCUGCUCCCCCGAAAUCUCGCCUGGGGCGCUACCGCCUGCUUGCUCCCACGGCUGGCGUCAAGGUUAGCCCUCUGUGCUUAGGGGCAAUGAACUUCGGAGAGGGAUGGCAGGGCAGACUCGGUGAAUGCAACAAGGAAACUUCCUUCCAAAUUCUGGAUACAUUCUACGAGAAUGGUGGCAACUUUAUUGACACCGCCAACAACUACCAAAAUGAAGAAUCUGAAGAGUGGGUUGGCGAAUGGAUGGAAAAGCGAGGCGUGCGCGAUGAAAUCGUUUUGGCGACCAAGUACACCUCCCCGUACCGCCUGCACAAGAAGAACGAGAUCCAGGCGAAUUACGUUGGAAACAAUGCCAAGGCCCUCAAGGUAUCCGUUGACGCGAGUCUGCGGAAACUGAAGACCGACUAUAUCGACCUUCUGUACGUGCAUUGGUGGGACUUCAGCACCUCCAUAGAGGAGGUAAUGACAUCACUUAACUUCCUGGUGACCUCUGGAAAGGUGCUAUACCUGGGUAUUAGCGAUACACCGGCAUGGAUCGUAAGCCGAGCCAACCAAUACGCCCGCGACCACGGACUGCGCCCAUUUUCUGUUUAUCAGGGCCAAUGGAAUGCAGCCAGGCGUGACUUCGAGCGUGAUAUCAUCCCGAUGUGUACCUCUGAGGGAAUGGGUCUGUGCCCAUGGGGAGCCAUCGGCGGAGGCGCCUUCAAGACUGCCGCGCAGCGCGAGGAGAUCGCCAAAUCGGGCAACCCAGGCCGCGCUGUCGAUGCGACCGAGACUGAUCUGGCAGUGUCAAAGGUGCUGGAGACGGUUGCAGCCCGCCAUAACACCAUCAUCACCAGCGUGGCUCUGGCUUAUGUGAUGCGUAAGACCCCUCAUGUCGUGCCCAUUGUGGGUGGUCGUAAAGUGGAGCAUCUGCAGGGAAAUAUUGAUGCUUUGGCACUGGAACUGUCGGACAAGGAUGUCGAGGAGAUCGAGUCGGCGUAUCCGUUUGACAUUGGUUUCCCCAUGACGUUCCUUUUCCGUGGCGAGAAAAAGCAGGCGCACCCUGGAAACUCACAGUUUAUGAAUGCGGCUGCCAGGUUUGAUUAUGUGGAUUUGCCCGCCGCUAUCAGGCCGAAGCCCGUGGAGGAGGUGUGA